AUGUCGACCCUCAGACGUUCUCAGCGGAUCGCCUCUUCACAAUCAGCACCAACUGCCAGCAGGCGCAACCCCCCUCGGGCGACGCAACGAGCCACUGGGCGACCUGCUCGAACCACUCGACCGGCACGGCCUGUGAAUACUGGAAAGGCGCCAUCAUUAGCGCACUUCCCGAACACAGGCAAGGCUCCCCCGGCAGUUGUUCAAAGUCAGAGCUCUGUGGAGAAGCAAAACCAGCCCAUAGUCUUAACAAAAGAAGACGGAGACAGUAGUACCAACAGGUACGGCUCCGAUACCGCGACCGAAGAUGAUUAUAGCGGAGAUCUGGCAACAUCGUCGCUUCGCUUCGGCAAGGUCCCGUACAAGGAGAAGCUUUGGACGUUCAAGUGUGUUCUGCAUGUCUCUCAGCAUCCAGACUUCCAGUCUUGCAAGAACUACUACGGCCAACUUCUCUUCGAGCGUGCUGCCGAAGAGGGUCUGCAGGUCGGCCAUUGCGAAGGUAAGAUCGUCGACAAGGAAGUCCGAGACGCCCACGGAAACGAGUUGUGGAUCGCCGAGCUCCUGGACUGCAAGCAGUUCCCACGCAGCUUCUUGGCCACACAUGCGGACGAAAAUGAGGAGGUCUCCGAGCUGGAGCGAUACCUGCAGAUGUUCUUUCUGGAGGAAGGCGAGAUCCGUGACGAUCCGGCUUUGAGCCCAGCACGACGACUUCGCCUCGCUGGAAGAAAGCUACUCGCAAUCUCAGAGUUCAUGAUCGACAAGGAAUAUCGCCGACCAGGACUAGCGCAGAAAGCGCUUCGCACCUUUCUUCUGGCCGUUACCGAGGCCCCCAAGGACUACGCCUUCGAAGGAUACAUGCUUCUGUCUCCAGCUUCUUUUGCAUACAUCUAUACCGACUACGAGACCGCGAAGAUAGCUGCUGGCAGAGCACCAAGAACCCGCGUCCAGAUCGAAGACGCACUGAUCGAGAAGUACAAGCUGUCAGGGCUUGAGCUCGUGUUUUUGGGUGACCGGAAAUGGGAUGGCGACGGUAUUACUAUCAUGGAUCGCGACUUCACGGCUGCUAAACUCCGCGCUGAGCUGAACGCCAUUCUGGCAGCAGAGGCAGCUGACGGCCUAAAGUCUGGUCCCGUGACGAAGUCCAAGAGACAGAAGCAAAUCUUUUCCCAGGUGGAAAGCAAGGAAGACCAGGUCGCUGAUAGCGUCCCGAAGACGCCAAGAAGAGCACCUGUCAUUCUCAGGCUCUCAACGAACGGGUCGCGGUCGCGGCAUCAUGUGCCCCAGCUUGCCAACCCACGUUCGCAUCAAGACUUCACAAAUGGCAGCACUACACGCCCUGAGACGAUGCGCCCCAGUAGUCAGGUCCGUGGGAUCAUAGCAGGUCUGUCGCUGGGCGGCGGUCAUAGCCAUCGUGCUGCGCCCGGCACUUACGAAGAAGAAGCCUUCUCAGACUUCUACUUCAACGCCAUGGAGAACGUGCCGCCACCUGACCGCUUCCGCGGAUCAAACAACACGACCCGGUCGCCCUCAUCGCGGUCUGGUGCAGGAGCGAAGGUCAUCGGUGGGAAGCGAGUGUCGUCGCAAAGCGCUGCGCCGUUGAUGGUACAGUCAUUGCGAAAGAGCCGCCAGUCUGCACCGUUGGAUCUCGAGAGUAAUGGCUUGGAGGUGGUUGAUGGCAGUGGAUUCGCUGCUGCGCACGAGCGCCGCUGA